AUGGCAAAACCAGUUGGUAAAAAACCUUACAACAUGUCCGCCGAGGGAGAAGAAGAAUUAUUGGAUUACUCCGAUUCCGAAGAAAUCAACGUCGCUCCAACCCAACAGGCUGCUGCUGGCGAAGAUGGCAAGGAGGAAACCGACAAAAAGGGUUCCUACGUGGGAAUUCACACCACCGGUUUCAGAGACUUCUUGCUCAAGCCUGAAUUGCUUAGAGCCAUUGCUGACUGCGUCCAACAGGCCUGUAUCCCACAAUCCAUCUUGGGUAACGAUGUUCUUUGUCAAGCCAAGUCUGGUCUUGGUAAGACUGCGGUUUUCGUGUUGUCGACCCUGCAACAGCUGGAUCCAACUCCAGGCGAGAUUUCCACCAUCGUGAUUUGUCAUACCAGAGAAUUGGCCUACCAGAUUAAGAACGAGUACGCUAGAUUCUCCAAGUACAUGCCAGAGGUGAAGACUGAGGUGUUUUACGGAGGUGUCAACAUCAAGCAAGACGCCGAGAAACUCAAGAAUAAGGAUACUUGUCCACACAUUGUGGUCGGUACUCCGGGUAGAUUGAACGCCCUUGUGAGAGACAAGCUGAUCAGACUCAACAACGUGAAGAACUUUGUGAUUGACGAGUGUGACCAGGUUCUUGAGCAGGUCGACAUGAGAAGAGACGUCCAGGAGGUGUUCAGAGCCACUCCAUUCCAGAAACAGGUGAUGAUGUUCUCUGCCACGCUUUCCCAGGAAAUCAGACCUAUCUGCAAGAAGUUCAUGAAGAACCCAUUGGAGAUCUACGUUGACGACGAGAAGAAGCUCACUCUGCACGGUUUGCAACAAUACUACAUCAACUUGCCAGAGGAGAAGAAGAACUUGAAGCUUGCAGAGCUGUUGGACUCGUUGGAGUUCAACCAGGUGAUCAUCUUUGUCAAGUCGACCAAAAGAGCCACUGCAUUGAACAAGCUGUUGUGCGACUCCAACUUCCCAUCCAUCGUGGUGCACUCCGGUAUUCCACAGGAGGAGAGAAUCGCCAGAUACAAGCUGUUCAAGGAGUACAACAAGAGAAUAUGUGUCUCUACCGACGUGUUUGGAAGAGGUAUCGAUAUCGAGAGAAUCAACCUGGCCAUCAACUACGAUCUUCCUAGCGAGGCCGACCAGUACUUGCACAGAGUCGGAAGAGCAGGUAGAUUCGGUACCAAGGGACUUUCUGUGUCGUUUGUGUCCAACGAACAGGACCAGGAGAUCUUGAACAAGAUCCAGGAAAGAUUCGAUGUCAAGAUCCAGGACGAGGACCAUCUUCUUCAUAUUCUCCUUGCCCUUGAACUCGUCGCUGAACAGGAACUCGUGGGCCAUCAGCUCGAUCAGUCCGGUGUACACCAGAAUACCGGCCGAGAUGGAGUCGAACACUCCGUUGGUGAUGAGAGCAGUACGGGAGUUUGGAGGAUAGGUCUUACGCACACCCAGACCAAUGGCAAUAGCGAUCGGGGUACAGACACCGUAAGCAGCAGCAAGGAUCCAUGGAGUGAAUCUUCUGUUCUUAUCCCAAUUAAUCAUGGCGAUUCUAGUUCCGAGACCAAGACCUUCAAAAAGCUGGUGGAACACAAUAACAAUGUACAGAUUGACAAACUCGUCUCCGGAAACGGACAGAGUCAGACCAACGAAGACGGAGUGGAAGAUCACACCGAAUUCCAGAAUGAAAACGUUCAAUAA